AUGGAUCAGACAACAACAGCCGGCUCGGCCUCGGCCACCGAAAACACGCCACUGCUUCCAACGACGGAAGCCCGCCCGAAAUCGUCGCGCACCGUCACUUUCAACCCGAAUCCUGUCUCCAAGACGAUAGAGCCCGAGCCGGACUUCCAGCGGCCCAAAACGGGCCACGGCAACAGUCUGUCGACCAGUCCUGGACAGAGCUCUGCGCUGGCCUCUAUCAACAACAAGCUGCGUAGGAGAAACAGCCAUGGAGCAGUGCCCAGCCACAUACCGCCCCAGAUGGUGCCCAAGAUCGGUCCGCAGCGAAGCACGAAGAACGCGCAGAAGCUCAAGCUGUUGCCCAACCCCGAGCUCAACGAGGAGAGCCCCGACGAGGAGAGCGGCAGGGACGUCUACUCGCAGUAUACGCGAAUCAAGGACCCCACGGCGCGUAGAGAUGCCGCACGCCUGGGCAAGGCGGACCGCGACCGGUUGCCGAGGGUGACGGCGUAUUGCACCGCGAACAAGUACCAAAUGGAGGGGCUGAUGCGUUUCCUCAAGGGCCGAGGAAAGUCGAGGGGCGCCAGCCCCAAGCUGAUCGACGAGUGCAUCUACUCGGCAUACGACUACAACAAGACCGUCGAGAACAGGCACGAUCGUAGAGUAGGCGCCCAGCCUGACCCGGUGCAGGCAUACGAGAGGCGGCACUCGACGGGUGAUGUCUCAGACAACGGCUUCGCUCGGGACAACCUCAUCGACCUCCAGUCAGAAGGCCGACACGAUUCUGGUUUUGUUGACGGCUUUGACGGAGGUAGUGAGGAGCACGCCCUCAUCGAGACCAAUCCAGACUUUGACACCAAGAUCCACACCCCCGAAGUGUUCCUCUUCGACUACGGAGUCGUCGUGAUAUGGGGCAUGACCCUGGCUCAGGAGCAGAGGUUCCUGAAGGAGAUUGCCAAGUUCGAGACGGAAAAGUUGUCGGCGGACGAUGUCGAGACAGAGCAUUUUAACUUCUACUACACGCGGGAGUACCAAGCGCGUAUCUACAACGACUUCAUCACGCUGCGAGACAAGCGAAACUACAUGACCAAGCUGGCCAUCUCUCAUGCAUUAGCACAGAGUGUCAAGUGUCAGACGUCUCUAUUCGAAGAAUUGAUUGCUUCAACGGUCGACACAUGCAAAGACAUCCCUACGCAGAUCGCGCUGACAGGCAAGAUCGCCCUCAGUCGGACGCAAAUUAACAUGCAGAUCGGCGAGCUCUUCAUCCUCCGCAUCAAUAUCCAUCUCAACGGUUCGGUUCUUGACACCCCAGAGCUAUUCUGGGUCGAGCCUCAGCUGGAGCCGGUGUAUCAGGCGGUCCGGAGCUACCUGGAGAUGGACCAGCGUGUCGGUCUUCUGAACGAACGUCUGGACGUCAUUGCAGACCUGCUGGCCGUACUCAAGGAUCAGCUCAGCCACGGACACGGAGAGAAGCUGGAGUGGAUUGUAAUUGUACUCAUUGCGGCCGAGAUUGUCGUCGCAGCCAUCAACAUUGUGGUGGAUUUGUAUGCAUCGGAUUAG